AUAAACUUUAUUAAAUUAAAAUAAUAAAAAAUUCAACGUCCAACAACAAAAGAAAAACAAUAUUUUUAUUUGAUAUAACAUUUUAAAACACAACAAUCUUUUAUAGUUCACAUGCAAUAAUAUAUAUAUAAAUAUAUAUUUUUAGAUUUUCAGUGAUAGCAUAUUUUAAAUCACAUGAUACAAAAUUUUAAAUUGAAAAAUCUUAUUGGUUAAAGAUCAAAAACUUAUUGAAUAAAUUAAUAUUGCAGAUUAAUACAAAAUGGCACAUGAGUUUAGUUAUAAUUAUAAAAUUAAUUAGAUAUUGUAAAAGUUGUUUUAGUUAAAAUGAAAUAAAAUUUAAUUUUCAAAUAAACACGAAAUUAACUAAAUAUUGAAAAGUUUUCUUUAAGUGAAAAUAAAAUAUACAUUUAUUUUAAAUAAACACGAAAUGACUUAAAUAUUGAAAAAGUUUAUUUUAAUGAAAAAUUAAAUAUAUAUGUAUAUUGUAAAUAAAAAGAUAUGAAUUUUUUUAUCCAGAUAUAAUUUCAGAGUAAAGAUUAGAAUAUUUAUUUGAUUUGGUUGUUUUAGAAUAAUUCAAAUAAUUUAAAUAUUUAUACAAAGUUAAUUGAAUCAACUUUUUAAAAGGUAAUCAAAAUUAAAAAAAAAAUCACAUAUUAAUUAAGUCAUGACUUAAUAGAAUAGAUAUUUUAAAUUUUAUUAUUUAUUUUUCAAUAAUAACUAUUUUACUAUUUAUUAUUUUAAAAAAAACCAUAAACCAAAAAACAAAAUCUAAAACUGCCAAUCAAGUUUUUCAAAAAACCAAAAUCUACUGCAAAAUCAAAAACAAAAAAACUAAAAACCAAAAACUAGAAACCAAAAACCAAAAACUAAAAACCAAAAACCAAAAUCUAAAAUCUAACAAAACAAUCAUCACCUUAGUCGGACAAUAAAUGAAACCAGCUUUUGUUCUGUUUCAUUUUGUAAAAAAGAAACAAUUAAAAAAAAAUGGUUGAUUAUUUGAGAUUGUUGCGAUGCUUCAGCUUCACGGCAUCGCGUGAUUGGUUAUUCCGGCAAUCAUUCGCAAACGCUGGUCUCCGCUCCGUCACCACCGAUCUCUCCCACGGCGAUUCCAUCGCAUCCACAACGUCUAUGCAUUGCUGGAUCCCUAAAUCCCCUAACCGAUCCAAACCCAACCUCCUCCUCGUACACGGAUUCGGAGCCAACGCAAUGUGGCAAUACGGCGAACACCCCCGAUCCUUCACCGGCCGGUACAACGUCUACGUCCCCGAUCUCCUCUUCUUCGGACUCUCCUCCACAUCGGAGCCGAACCGGACCGAAUCAUUCCAGGCUCAGUGCCUGUCGAGGCUAAUGGAAGCGCAUGGCGUCCAUACGAUGAACGUUGUCGGGAUAAGCUACGGUGGGUUCGUAGGGUACAGUUUAGCGGCGCAGUUUCCGGAGAAAGUGGAGAAGCUGGUGCUAUGCUGCGCCGGGGUUUGCCUUGAGGAGAAAGAUAUGGAGGAUGGUUUGUUCAAGGUUCCGAAUCUAGAAGAAGCCACCGAGAUCUUGAUUCCUCAGACGCCUGAGAAGCUUAAGGAGCUUAUUAGAUUCUCUUUCGUUAAGCCGAUCAAAGGCGUUCCUUCGUUUUUUCUAUGGGACUUUAUCGAUGUGAUGUGUACGGAGUUUGUGGAGGAGAAGAGAGAUUUGAUCAAGUCGAUACUCAAAGAAAGGAGACUUUCAGAUCUUCCUAGGAUCAAACAGAAAACUUUGAUCAUAUGGGGAGAAGAAGAUCAAAUAUUUCCACUAGAACUUGGUUACAGAUUGAAAAGAUAUAUAGGAGAUAAUGCAGAGAUGGUGGUGAUUAAAAAGGCAGGACAUGCUGUUAAUUUGGAGAAAUCCAAAGAGUUUCUCAAGCACUUGAAAUCUUUUCUCAUCGACUCUUUGUGAACUAGUUGUUCUGUUUAUCUGGAACUGUUCUGUUCUGGUAUCCGAUUCCUACAAGAAAAGAAAUGAAAAGUGGGUUUCGGUGAGCUAUUAUGAUUUUAGGCGCCAAUAAAAAAACAGAUCAACCGAUAAUUCGCUGCCUAAAAUUCUUCUUAAUGGGCUGCAUCUGUGAAAAGAUGAGCUUUGAGGAAAAUAAGAUAACGGACAUAUCUGAGAAGAGAGUUUACCCGUAUCAGUAGAUUGCACUUUUAAAAAAAAUUAGUUUGGGUUUUUCCGUAAGUUUUCUCUGUGGCACAAUGGCCUAGUAGUUCCUCUUAAUAGAGGCAGUUGCAGAGUUCGGUUUGAAUAUCUCUAGGUUAGCUAAAAAAAAGUUAAUUAACAAUACAAAUAAAUGUGAAAUUAUUCGAUUUGGGUUUGUUUUUUUUUAAUGCUGGAUAUAUUAU